AUGGAAUCUUAUGUGGAUCCAAAGAAAUGUUCAAUAUGUCGUCAAAAUCCAAUCAAGUAUACCUGUCCACGAUGUUCCUUACGCACAUGUUCGUUAUCAUGUUGUAUUGAACAUAAGAAAACACUGAAUUGCAACGGUCAACGUGAUAAAACAUUGUUCAAAUCGUUGAAUACAAUGACCGAUCUGGAUCUUUUGUCAGAUUAUCGUUUUCUCGAGGAAGUCAAUCGUCAAGUUGAAACAAGCAAACGUGAUGAACUGGCUAAUCGAAUGAAAUCAUUAAACGAAUCAACACGUUUUCAGAAAUUAAUUCAAAGCAAAUUAAAAUCAUUGUGGUCUAUUCAGAUUCUUUAUCUGCCUCGAUUCUCUACUCGACAUAAACAAAAUCAAAUGUGGUUCGAUAGAAAAACCGAUGACAUUUUUUGGCACGUCGAAUGUCGCGUCUUUCUGGACACGUUUCAUACAUGGACGAUCACUCGUAUGCCAACCAAAGACACAACAUUGGCGAAUCUGUUAGGAAAAUUUCGUGAGGCAAAUCAAUCCGUAUCUCCAAAAGUCAACAACUUCUCAUCAGAAGAACAAGUUUGUGUUUAUAUCGAGAAUUUCGGUCAGAAACGAACACAAUUUGGUAAAUACGAAAAGCGUUCGUUCAAUACAGUUAUUGAUCUCUUUCGUGAAAGAGUCUUCAUUGAAUUUCCAAUACUAUACAUAUCGCUAUCAUGCGUAUUUAUGAUGAAUUCAAAUCAUCAUUCAUCAUUAUGUUCUUGCAUUAUAUGGCCGUUUAACAAAGAAUUAUAUAGAAAGAUUAAUUGCUAUUUGGCAUUAGGUAUUUGGAGUCAAUUUACAUUUCUGGCACAAUGGUGGUCGAAGAGUGAUUGUGUACUCUAUAUCGACCCGGUGGAUAUGGAACGAGUUCGUAAGGAACAUGCUAUUGUCAUAAUGAAUCAUAAAUACGACAUUGAUUGGCUUGCUGGUUGGAUAAUAUGCCAACGUUUAGGAAUCAUGCAUGGUUCGAAAAUAGUCGGUAAACAAUCUCUUCGCUUAGUACCAAUUGUCGGAUGGUGUUGGAUAUUUACGGAGUCGAUCUUCUUACGUCGAGUGUGGGAGAGUGAUCGAGAAACACUAGUCAAAGAUUUACGGAAAGUUUUAGCAAAUUAUCCGCAGAAUUAUUUUUUUAAUUUUUUACUCUUUUGUGAAGGAACACGAUUUACAGAGAAGAAACGCUUAGCAAGUAUGAAAAUCGCUCAAGAAAAGGGCUUACCAGAAUUGAAGCAUCAUAUCUUACCACGUACGAAAGGUUUCACACUUUUACUGCAAGGUGCAGAAAACCGAAUUACGGGCAUAUAUGAUUUAAAUGUUGGCUUCAAGAAGUCCGGUGCUGAGCCAACAUUUCUUAGUAUAAUAAAAGGUCAUGCAUGCCAAGCGGAGAUUUAUGUUCGACGCACACCGAUAGCUGACAUUCCUACAGAUACCGAUGGAUGCAGUGAUUGGGUGCAUAAAUUAUACCAGGAAAAAGAUCAGAUUUAUGAUUAUUUCCUUCGUCAUGAUACAUUCGAAGGAAAUGGCUUAGUUCGUGUUGAAAUUCCUCGAAAUUAUAAAGAUCUACUGAUUGAAUUGACCUGGAUGAUCAUUAUCGGUAUACCUUCCGUUAUUUACCUAUGCAAAUUCCUCUGGACAAGCACAUUUCUUGCCCAGUUCAUCUUCGUCAUCCUCGUCAUACUCGCAACUAUCGGUGUUCGAGCAAUGAUUGCGGUGACGGAAACUGAACGUGGUUCACAUUAUGGUGAAAAUCAAAAAGACAAAUGA